AUGUCCUGCCGAGAUUGCCAUUCGGAACAGCCUCACAGCGCCCCAGACAGUGGCAUGACAACAGAGGACAUCGUGGGCUUGGUCAGCACUGACAGCCUUCAGGAAGCGGAAAUGACCCCGAGACAGUUGUUAAGCGACGAAACAACUCGUUUGGUGAUGCAGAUCUUACUUAUCUACGUCACUCCAACCAUUGGGCUGCUUGGUGCGAUAGGCAAUGUGUUCAGCCUCAUGAUUUUGGUAAAACAUGGGCUGCACAAGUGCUCCAACAUCCUGCUCUUCUGUCUAGCUGUUACUGAUCUCACUUUCCUCAUCUCGUACAACAGCAUCCCCAAGAUCCUCUAUGACGUAAUCGGAGUGGAUUUGGCGUGGGCGUACUCGGAGACAGCAGCAAGGGCCGCCUAUAUUCUUUACUUUUUCUUCAACACGCUCGACUACGCUGCAGGGUAUAUCUCUCUGACGAUUCCAAUGUUCAUAACAAUGGAGAGGAUGGUCGCUGUUUUUAUGCCUUUACGUUUUCACGAGAUUAUCACACCCAGGAGAACGUGGUUUACUACUUGGGGUUUAUGUGUAUUUUGGUUCACCUACAACAUCUACACAACAUUUUGGUUUAAGUUUGGUUACGUCUACAAGGCUAAUCUCAACAUGUCCGUGGGUGUGAUCCAACGUUCAGCUCUCUAUUACAGCGAGGUGGACAAUGUCGUCUUCAUGCAGGAUUUCACAACCUAUAUCAGUAUGAAAAUCCCACCGUGUUUCACUCUGGUCGGCUGUAUCUUCAUCUCGAUAAAAAUUAAAAUGGCGUCGUCGAAACGAAAGAAGCUGGCGUCUGCGAGUGGGAAAGAGGCGUCCUCCAACCGCACGACCAAGAUGCUCCUGGCUGUCUGCUGUGUAUACACUGUCACUUGCACCUUCGUUUGUUUACCCACUUACAUCCCCCAGUACGUUUACUUCACUGUCACCGGCAAUAUCCCCAGUAACGUUGGACGUGUUGGCUAUGUGAUCAUGAACCUCGUUGUGAGUAUCAACAGCUCCUGUAACUUUGUCGUCUACGUUGGCAUGAACAAAAACUUCAGAGACACCUACAAAUCUUUAUUCGUCGGAUGCUGUAGAUGUAGAAUGUAUUAA